CUGAUGGAAUAUUUCAAAGCGUUUUAUGUAACGCAUAACAAUAUUUACACUAGGCACAGGGUCAAGAGCAAAUCAAUGACACUGUUAUUUAAAUUUAACUCUUGCUGCUUGACGUGCUCUUGAAUGCCAAUUAAUAACUUAAACCGGACAGAGUUUCAAACGGGGCAGAUAUGUCACUUGUCAAAAAUUGAUAUUGUAAUUAUUGAAAAACAGGUGACAGAUUACAUCAUCGACUCACAUUCCAUUCCGGCUCGAGUCGCCCAUAACACGUAUCUGUCGCAGUAUAACUUUGACUGGGCGCAAUUUAAUAACCAUUAUUUUAACAAGCUGGUCUGUUUCUGUGGCAAAUUGUUUCGAUAAUUCCUAUCAUUGCCAACAACCUGCGCAUCUACAUUCUACAGGACUAACGGUACAUUAUUGAAUACAAACAACGCUAGAGAGAAAGCGUGGAGGAUUUCCACCCGAGUGAAAGCAACCGAGCAAUGCCAGUGUAACCGCCGCGCCGCGUCGUACGGACGAAAACAUAACCUCAAAAUGUCGCUCGCUAUCGCCUCUAUCGCUGUACUGGGCACAGCGGCGCUAAUAUACUGGUACAGGAAUAGAGAUAAACCUAUCAAGUACUUACUGCGUGAACUUCGAUACACAUUGGACAUGCAGGGAGCCGGCGUCGGAGGACUAAUCGACGACUGGGUGAAUAUACGGCGGAAUAAAAUAGUGUUACCAGAUGCAAAGAAAAAAAUUGCCGUUAUAACAGGAGGUGCUCGCGGAAUAGGAACGGAAGUCAUCAGAGGCCUUCUCAAAGCCAACAUGGUUGUUAUUAUGGGGAUCAGAAAACCAGAACAGGCCACGAAACUCAAGGAUACAAUGGAAAAUUCGGAAAACUUACAUGCAUUUGAACUGGAUUUGCAAUCACUGAAAUCUGUUAAACAAUUUGCUGACAAUGUUUUGAUAAGGUAUCCGGAAAUUCAUAUCUUAGUAAACAAUGCAGGGAUUAUGUUUGGAGACUUCCAGUUGACAGAAGAUGGAAUUGAAACUCAAUUAGCUGUAAAUCAUUUGGGCCAUUUCUAUUUGACACACUUACUCUUGCCAGCUUUGAAAAAAGGCGGUGCGAUCGAAGAAUCGGCCAGAGUUGUCAACGUAACGUCAUGCGCCCACUACCCCGGCACAAUAUACUAUGAGGACAUUAACAUGAAGACUUAUUACGACACAACAGCUGCAUAUGCGCAAUCUAAAUUGGCACAGCUUAUGACUGCAAGAUACGUAAAUAAGCUUUUAUCUGACGAAGGCUACAGAGUGAAAUGCUACGCUGUUCAUCCAGGAAUCGUCAACACUGAUUUGUUUGAGAAGAGUAUGUUCAAAAAAUUAUUUCCUUGGGCAAUGAAAAUGUUCUUUAAGACUCCGGAAAAGGGCGCCAUUUCUAUUCUUCACACUUGUUUCGACAAAGAUUUAGAAAACAAGGGAGGCAUGUACAUUAGCAACUGCAUAGAAGGCAUCAGUAACAGAUUUUCAAAGAAUGUAGAAUAUCAGAAAAGAUUAUUUGAGCUGUCAUGUGAUAUGGUUAAAAUUGAUUCACAAAAUUAUGGUAAAGGAAUGUAAACAACAUUCAAUUUCCCUAGUCUUUUGUGGUAUGGUGCAAACAAAAAUGAAAUGUCACAAAUACCGAUUGCAUGUUAUUAGAUUUA